ACAUUUUAUAAUUUAAAAAAAUGUGAGUGCAGUGUUAGAUGGUAGGGUAUUUGUUUGUUUAUUUUUUUCAACGAAAGUAUAAGGGAGUUGUACUCCAGUCUAGUAGCUGGCGGUAAUGCAACAUUUUAAUGGACGCCAACUGCCGUUAAACCUCAUCAAAGAAGAAGAAUCCGACCAUAGAAGUAAACAUGGCAGACGACAAUCCCGUAGCGGUAAGCUAUUUAAUUAUAACAAUUUAACAAAUUGCCAUUGCACAAUUGAAUUUAGUUGUGUUAUAUGCAGCAUUUAUUUAGCGAAUAGAGCAGUAUAUCCAUUAUUUUAGCCAUAACUGAUAGAAAGUUUGACUUGCCUUGCAAGAUUUAUAAAGGUGCGUGUUGUAUCGAGAAGAUGCGUCAUACCUCGAGAUACGUCCCCCUGCUCCCCAUGUAGCCUCCAAAAAUAAUGAUUUUCUGAUAAAUAUUGUAGACUUAAAUAACAAAUGUACAGUUAUGUAAUUUCAGCGUGUGCACCUCUUCUUUGUAGACUUAGUUCUCAAUCACUCUGGCUAAAUAAAGGUUGCAUAAAUAAAAUAUGCAAUGCAUACUGAUUUAUUUUAAUCAUCAGUUAGAUUUGUUGAGGCUUGUACAGAUUACUUUUAAUUGAUUGCAUCUAUUAUGCCGCGAAGCUCUAUUUUGCUUUUCUGCUCCAACUAAACAACACUGCAUGUCAGUCAUGUCAUGUGUUAAUAUGAAUACUACUGUAAUUGCACUCAGGGUGAAUUAAUCCAUAUUGCAUUUGUGUCAUUCUGAAAGAUGUAUAAAGUAGCCUUGUGUCAGGAAUACUGUAGUAAAAAUAUUGAUUUACUCUGAGUCAAACAGUUGGCCUAUGACUUUGUUCUGGAUGUAAUUUGGUUACUUUGACUGAAAGACACAGUUCCAUUUCCUCCCCCCAGGACUGAGAUGAGUUACAAGUGGCAUGGGCCACAAUAUACUUCAUUAUUUUGUAUUAUCUACAGGUUAAAGGAACAGUUCACUCAAACUAUCUUUUAAUAUGUUGUUCAUUAGUCCACUGUUCAUACAAUCCCCCCAAAAUGUGCAUAUCAAGUUAUCAAGAUAGAGAACUUUCAGUAUAGAGCAAAAAAUGUGAUGAUGAUGUGUUUUGUAACACAUGGUUUGUGCCUGUCUUUCCCAGGAUGUUCAACUGCCUCCAGCUUCUGAAAUCAGGAAGCCUCGUCCUAAAAAAGUCAAUCAUCAAAGAGCAGCUACAAGAAACCGGGGGGAUGUGUGAAUAUGCCGUCUAUGUACAAGCUUUAAUCCUUCGCCUGGAAGGGAAAAUACAGCAGUCACUGGACCUGUUCCAGAGCUGUGCAAUACUCAACCCUGGCAGCUCGGAUAACCUCAAACAAGUGGCCAGAUCCCUAUUUCUCCUUGGUAAGCAUAAGGCUGCCAUAGAGGUUUACAAUGAGGCUUCACAGCUCAAUGAGAAAGAUUGGGAGAUCAGCCACAACUUAGGUGUGUGCUACAUCUAUACCAAAGACUUCAACCAUGCAGAAGAGCAGUUGAACAUCGCCCUGGAGUUGAGCAAGCACGACCUGACCUACAUGAUGCUGGGAAAGAUUCACCUGCUGGAAGGGGACACUGACAAAGCUAUCGACGUGUACAGAAGUGCUGUUGAGUUUUCUCCUGAAAACACGGAUCUUCUCACCACUCUUGGCCUGCUAUACAUGCAACAAGGCAAAUAUCAGAAAGCUUUUGAACACCUUGGGAAUGCCCUGACGUAUGACCCCAACAACUUUAAGGCCAUCCUGGCAGCCGGCAGCAUGAUGCAGACGCAUGGGGACUAUGAUGUUGCCAUGAAUAAGUACCGCGUGGCAGCUUAUGCUGUACCUGAGAGCUCACCCCUCUGGAAUAACAUUGGCAUGUGCUUCUUCGGAAACAAGAAAUAUGUGGCGGCCAUCAGCUGUCUGAAGAGGGCCAACUACCUGUCUCCGUUUGACUGGAAAAUCCUGUACAACCUGGGCCUGGUGCAUCUCACCAUGCAACAGUAUGCCUCAUCCUUCCACUUCCUCAGUGCUGCCGUCAACCUGCAGCCAAAGAUGGCAGAGCUCUAUAUGCUGCUGGCAGUUGCACUCACUAAUAUGGAUGACGGGGAGAAUGCCAAGCGAUCAUACGAGCAAGCAGUGUUGUUGGAUGACUGUAACCCCUUGAUCAAUCUGAAUUUCGCAGUCCUGUUGUACAAUCAAGGAGACAAAAAAGGAGCCACAGAUCAGUACCUGGAGAUGGAGAGUAAAGUGAUGGAAAGCAGCCAUAAUGCAGAAUUUGACCCAGAGCUCAUUGAGAUGGCCCAGAAGUUGGCAUCUGCUCUCCAGGUGGGAGAGACCUCGGUGUGGACCAAGCCAGGUAAGGACUCCAAAGUCAGUCAGCGCUCCAAGACCACGUCCCUGCAGCCCCUGGGCACCAACCAGGCCCUUGGGCAGGCCAUGUCUUCAGCUGCCAGCAAAAGCAUCCAGCUAGCUGCAGGCUCCAAGGCUCCACCCAAGUCCACCUCCACGCCACUAGAUGAAGAGCAUGAUGUGGAGAAUGCCCCUUCCCCUCCCCUAGGGGACCCUGAGUCAGAGGAUCCCAAAGCCAAAGAGAAGAAGAGCAAGUCUAAACCUGUGGCUGAGUAGGGUCCAUGAUCCACUGCUAUGUGAAGCGAAGCAGUGUAUAGUUGAAUAGCACACUACAGUUGAAUAGUAUGUACUGUAUUGGGGUUGGAUUGUUAAUUGCAUGUUUAAAAUGUUUUGAAUAAAAGUAGGGGGUGACGUUACAGUGCAUACAGAAAUUAUUCAGACCCCUUGACUUUUUCCACAUUUUGUUAGGUUACAGUCUUAUUCUAAAAUGUAUUAAAUAGUUUUUUCCCUCAUCAAUCUACACACAAUACUCCAUAAUGACAAAGCAAAA